AGCGAGCGGCCUCCCCUCAGGAGCUCGUCCGGCCCGCUCCCUCCGCCGCCGCCGCCGCCGCGCCCUCCUGCUCGGUUAUGAGGCGCGCCCGCCGGCACUGGAGCGCAGCUGGGUCUGUGCGGCGCGGCCGCCGCUGAGGCUUCGCCGCCUCCGCUUGGGCGGGGACCGCCUUCCCAGCCCUCGCCGCUGCCGUCGCCGCCGCUGUCGCCGCCAGGAUGGGCCGGGAGCCGCAGCCGGGCCGCCGCUGAGCGCCAGACGCGGAGGGAGCCGAGAGCGGCAGCGGGAGGAGGACGACGAGGACGAGGAGGAGGAGGAGGAGAAGGGCCGGCGCCAUGGCGGAGCAGACCUACUCCUGGGCUUACUCCCUUGUGGACUCCAGUCAAGUAUCCACGUUCCUAAUUUCUAUUCUUCUCAUUGUUUACGGCAGCUUCAGGUCCCUGAACAUGGACUUUGAGAACCAAGACAAGGAAAAGGACAGCAGCAACUCGGCUGGACCCUUCAAUGGCGGUAGCACCAAUAACAGUAUCCAGACCAUUGAUUCGACACAGGCGCUUUUCCUGCCCAUUGGGGCAUCCGUGUCUCUCCUGGUUAUGUUCUUCUUCUUUGACUCGGUUCAGGUGGUUUUUACAAUAUGCACAGCAGUCCUUGCAACAAUAGCCUUUGCUUUCCUCCUGCUCCCAAUGUGCCAGUAUUUAACACGACCUUGUUCACCUCAAAACAAGAUUUCCUUUGGAUGCUGUGGGCGUUUCACUGCUGCAGAGCUGCUCUCUUUCUCGCUCUCCGUGAUGCUCGUCCUGAUCUGGGUCUUAACUGGGCACUGGCUUCUCAUGGAUGCUCUGGCCAUGGGCCUCUGCGUGGCAAUGAUCGCCUUCGUCCGUCUGCCAAGCCUUAAGGUCUCCUGUCUGCUGCUAUCGGGGCUAUUAAUUUAUGAUGUCUUUUGGGUCUUCUUCUCUGCCUACAUCUUCAACAGCAACGUCAUGGUGAAAGUGGCCACCCAGCCAGCAGACAACCCCCUGGAUGUUUUAUCCCGGAAGCUCCACCUGGGGCCCAGCGUCGGCCGAGACGUCCCCCGCUUGUCCCUGCCUGGCAAACUUGUCUUUCCAAGUUCUACCGGCAGCCAUUUUUCCAUGCUGGGGAUCGGAGAUAUUGUGAUGCCAGGCCUCCUGCUUUGCUUCGUGCUGCGUUACGACAACUACAAAAAACAAGCGAACGGAGAUUCCUGUGGCACAGCAGGACCCGGGAACAUUUCUGGCCGGAUGCAAAAGGUCUCCUAUUUCCACUGCACUCUCAUCGGCUACUUUGUAGGGCUCUUGACAGCAACCGUGGCGUCUCGCAUCCACCGGGCAGCCCAGCCGGCUCUGCUGUACCUGGUGCCCUUUACCUUGCUCCCCCUCCUCACUAUGGCCUACUUAAAGGGCGAUCUGCGCCGCAUGUGGUCGGAGCCGUUCCAUUCGAAGUCCAGCAGCUCACGGUUCUUGGAGGUAUGAUGGAGCAGACGAACAGCGGCCAAACCUCUGCCCGGUCGGUUUUUUCACUCACAGCUUGCUUGCUGGUGCCUGAGGCUGGGCUGGUACUUAGGAGCAUCGCCAGUUUGUGGAACUUGUACAGAUGGACUUGCUGUAUUUCCAGGAGGAGGAGGAGGAGGAGGAGGAGGAGGAGCUGCCUCCCUUCCUCCUUGUGACUGGAGACCCCUUGCCGGGCUCCCUUCUCCUCCCGGCCCCCCCCUCCUGUUUACAACUCAGUGCCAGACCAUCCGCUGUUCUUGAGGGGGGGGGAAGAGGAGGAAGCUUGGGACAGCAACACCCCCCCCCACCCCCACCCCCGCUGAGUCAUUGUGGAACUUGUGAACACUACAAGGAAAAAUGGCCACAGCACUUGGGAGUUUCCUGGAAAACCCCACCAGUACUUUGGACCCUGUUUUUCUGUUGGACUCCAGUUUCGGAAAGAACUGAAUUUCUUCUCUCACCGUACUCUUCCUCCCCGCGCCUUCCAUUGAUUUUCUCCUGUGGUGUGAGGUGACCUAUGACACCCUCAGACAUCGAUUGACUCCUUGCAGUUAUUACACCAGAUUAAAAACUUAGUUGUAUCAAGUUCCAUUUCCACCCUGAUCUCAUAAUGCAGUGAAUAAGAGCACCCCCCACCGAGACACACACACACACACACUCCAACACUCCUCCUCCUUUUAUACAUCCCUACAGGCAUAUGCGCAUAUAGCAUUGUAUGUGUGUGUGAACCGACACAAAACACAGACCCCCCACCCCACCCCACCCCGCAAGGGUAAACUCUGCUGGGAUCAUGCUUUGUAGCUGAGAGGGGCUUGCUGUAAUUUUGAGCAUGUAGAGCAGUUGACAAUGGCUUUCUUGUAUAUGGAUCUGCAAACAGCCCCAUGCCGCUCCCUGUUCCUUCCCUCGAGCGACGCUUCCAGCUUCCUCUUCUUUUAAAGGCGGUGUAUGUUGUACUGGAUUUUAGGGGAUUUUCUUUUUGGUUUGCAAUCAAUGUAGCAAACUUAGGGGAGGAAGAAAGACCGAGCCGUUUCCUUCCUGCCCCGUUUUUUGUUUGUGAGUUUGUUUUUUUACAACUUGUCCAUUACAGUUUUUAGUAGCUCUCUUCUUGACUUAAUGCAUGUAUUAUAGCAGCUGUUGUCUCCGUGUGUUCUGAUCAUAGUAAUGUAUGACUUGUAAAUACAUUUUUUUCUAUUUUCUA